UUUUGUUCUUUAUUUUUUUCUUAUUUUUAUCUUUCUUUUCGAGGAGAAGAAGUAAGUAUAAAAUCCCGAUUCCCGACCCCAACCGAACAGAAAAACCUAAUCUUUACAGCAAAGCCGCAUAGUACGAGAUACGCCGCGAGUAUAUUUUUAUUUUUCUCUUUCAGCUGCUGCUGCUGCUGCACAGGCAUCACAUACGACUUUUAUAGAGAGUGUACGAUGAGGCUAUGGAUGGAUCCAAUUCAUUUCCAUCGUCUAUUCUGCCUUUCUCUAUAAAUUAAUAAACCUUGGCAAUGAAAUCUCAUUCUGGAUUUGAGCUUGAGACCUUUCUCAUCGGGGUAUAGAGUGGCGUCGUCGUUGUCGUCGGAGUCUUGGCAGAAUAUUUUUUAUAUAAAAUUAAAAAAUUAUUCCUUGUAUUAAAAACUUAAUAAGUUAAGUCGGUUAAUUAACGUUUACGAACUUUAAAACCCUUGGAUUAUUUUUUACAUGACUUUGUGGUGCUGAAUUGUGUUUAAACAACAAUUAUAUUUUUGUUAAAAUAAAAAAAUUAAUAAUCCGAAAAAAAUAUAUUCAGUUUCAGUGUAACAGAGUGAACGGAUUAAAAUAUUCUACAAGUAUAUUGUAAAAUGUUACAAUUUUAAUUUAAUUUUGAAUAAAUUAAUUUUUUUGAAUAAGUGUUUUAGUAACAUUAACAUUAGGAAAGUAAUUUUGUACCUAAAAUAUUACUUUUCGGUCUCAAAAUGCGUAGUUUAUAUUGCUUAGCGGUGCUGCUCUGGUUGUCAACGAAGCAUGUUCCUUUGUUUGCAGACUCGCGAAUAAAAAUCAUCACGGCUACAGAUAGUCUUAAAGAAACCAGACUAAAUAAUAAUUUGUAUUCAGAACAUUUGAAUAUCUCAACAAAUAGCGAAAGCAUCUCAAAAACUUCUUCAUCAUCAGAUGAUAUGCCAACAACAAACACAAACACAGGAAACAGAUUAGCGAUGGUGCAGCAGCAGCAGCAGCGACAAAACCGUGCAUCGUCCACCAACUGCCCACGAUCUUGUCCGCCAACUGCCAUUAUUCAAGCAGAACCCGUUUGUGGCUCAGACGGUCUGAUCUACGCCAACCUCUGCGAAAUGAAAAAGAAAACAUGCUCUAGAAAUGGAGCCAAUGGAGUCUUGAAGGAGGUCAAGGAUGGCUGUGAACGGGCAAAAGGCUCUGAUUGCAAACAUAGAUGCCCCUCGGAAAAGGACCCCAUAUGUGGCACAGAUGGAAGAACGUAUCUUAAUAGAUGUAUGUUGAGAGUUCAAGCAUGUCGAGUGGGUAUAGCUGCAGUAUCUAUUGCACACGUUGGCCCAUGCAGCAACACCAGUGCAAUUCGUGAAUCUUGUCCAGUCGACUGCAAGAGCGCACCAAAAGAUGGCCCAGUUUGUGCCUCUGACGGAAAUGUAUACAAUUCCACUUGCGAAAUGAAGCUGCACACCUGCGGCCAAGGUGUGGUAAAAACGUCUCGCAAACACUGCCAAUCAACUAGAAUGUGCCGUGAAUCGUGUUGGCGUGUAGCCAGACCAACCUGCGGCUCCGAUGGUCGUCUAUAUGCUAGCCCUUGUAAAAUGCGGUCAACGAACUGUGGCAAACACAUAUUCGAAGUGCCACUUUCAUUUUGCAUGUCACAGCAGGAAAGAAAUGGCAAUCAAAUAGAUAAUUGUCCAACUGAAUGUCCAAAAACUGAAUCACCCUCGCAAUAUGUAUGCGGAAGUGAUGGAAGUAUAUAUUCGUCACUUUGUGAACUUAAGAUGCUUAACUGUGGACCCCAAAGGAAAUCAAUUCAGAAGAUAAGCAUGGAUAAGUGUAAGAACCGUUUGAAUAGAUGUAAGCAGCUGCCACCAUGCAAGGACUUUAAUAAUUUGUAUGGAUCGAUUUUUUCUUCAAAGCAAAAUGAUAAGCUUUGCGGUACUGAUGCAAAGACCUACAAUAAUGAGUGCGAAUUGGCACAUGCGACUUGCUUACGUGGUGUUCAACUGGCUCACAUUGGCCAAUGUACUGAUUUAAAAACACCUCCUAAAGACUGCGGGGAGCGAUGCACUUACGAAGACGUUGAAAGUGGACCAAUUUGCGGUUCAGAUGGCAAUACAUUCCCUUCGAUGUGUGAAUUCAAACGAAGAACCUGUCAUUUACGAGUCGUACCGGUCUCCCUGAAGAAUUGUCCCCUAACCGAACAUUGCGAUUCAGACUGUGAUUCGCAACCACCGAAUUUCGUUUGUGGAUCUGACAAUAAAUUCUACAAAUCAGAAUGCCAUAUGCGUAAGGAGAACUGUGGAAAACAUGUGUUUGUUGUGCCAAUCAAGCGUUGUCUGUCAUCGUUCCAAUUCAAAGGAUGUGCCAAAAUAUGUCCAAAAGAGUUUGAACCUGUGUGUGGCACCGAUGGCAUGACCUAUUCCAAUGAAUGUUUUCUUAGUAUAGAAAACUGCCGACAAACAGAUGCUCCGGUGAAAAUUAAACAUUUUGGUGCUUGUGGAAGACCAGAAGCUCCUUCCACCAAUUACCUUUAUUAAAAAAAAAUUAAUUUAUGUUGUUAAUAAAAUUAAAAAUAAUAAAAAAAAUAAAAUAAAUUAGUGUAAAUAAAAUAUAUAGUUAUUUCUCUCGACUGGAAAACAAAUUCAAAUAUCUG